GUUCACCAUCUUUCGUCACUGCAAAGAACGAGUUCUUCGACCACAACAUUCUCCUCACCAUUUUCUCUUAUUCGGACCCCCUUACUCUAUCAAUGGCCUCCUGACCUGUUGAAUACCAUGGCCACUGCUACCGCCAGCAAUGCAGGCAGAGCAUGCCUCUACCGCCGGUCACCCUCCUCCAUCAUAUCCUCGACUCUCGUGCGGCCCCUCUUUGAGCCUCUGCCUUCCUGUCCUCCGCCACGAUGUCAUCUACAAUUCCGCAUUCAACAACGGCGCAGCUUCGCCCACACAUCCCGUCGAUGCAAACAAGACAGACAGAACAGCCAGAAGGAGGAGUCUUUUUCCUCGCGGCUGGGCAAAGCAUGGCGCUCCACCAAGACCGAGUGGAAGCCCAUUCCCAUAGGUCUGGGCAUUGGUUUCCUCGGUCUUUUCCAGUUCAUACGCAUCCGCAAUCGUGAAGGCGGCGCAUCCGAGGGCUCUGGCGAGACGGAUGGCAAGCGUCCCCCCAAACGAGAAAGAAUCUAUCCGACCGGUGGUGGCUGGCAGGUCUCGAUCAUGUCCACACUGCCAUUGAAGGCCAUAUCCCGUGUCUGGGGCCGCUUCAACGAGCUCACAAUCCCUUACUACCUGCGCGUGCCGGGGUUCAAACUCUACGGCUGGAUAUUUGGCGUCAACUUCGACGAGGUGGCCGAGCCAGAUCUGCACGUCUACCCCAACCUGGCCUCCUUUUUCUACCGUGAACUCAAGCCAGGAGUGCGGCCCUUGGACCCAAACCCCAACGCUGUCCUCUCGCCGGCGGACGCAAAGGUACUGCAGUUCGGGACCAUCGAGAACGGCGAGGUGGAACAGGUCAAAGGCAUGACGUACAGUGUCGAUGCGCUGCUCGGCAAGAUCGCACCCACGACCCCCAAUCCUCAGCAUCCCUCGGCCAUCUUUGCGACCCCCAAGGACCAAUCGACCUCUCAAGACGACCCAGCCCUUGAAGCCAAAUCCAUCCACGCGGACGAAGAAUUCGCCAACGUCAAUGGCAUCUCCUACACCCUCCCCUCGCUUCUCUCCGGCGCUCAGGCCUCGCCCGAUGGGCCUCAUACACAAGAUGCAUCUACAAAAUCCCUCCCAUCCUCCGAGGCUGCCGUGUCCGCCGACCUUGCCACGACGUCGCCGUGGUGGUCGCCGUUCUCGUCCCCCUCGACGAACAAGAAGCUGUACUACAUUGUCGUCUACCUUGCGCCCGGCGACUACCACCGCUUCCACAGCCCCGUGUCGUGGGUCUGCUCGGCCCGACGACACUUCGCGGGCGAACUCUACUCGGUCAGCCCCUAUGUCCAGCGCAUGCUUCCCGGGCUCUUCACGCUCAACGAGCGCGUCGUCCUCCUCGGCCGCUGGAAGCACGGCUUCUUCAGCUACACGCCCGUGGGCGCGACCAAUGUGGGCUCCAUCGUCGUCAAUUUCGACAGGGAGCUGCGCACCAAUAGCCUCACCACCGACACCGAGGCCGACAGGCAGGCUGCGGCCGCCGCUGCCCGAGGGGAACCCUACAGCGGCUUCAGCGAGGCCACGUACGACAGGGCGAGCAAGAUCUUGGGUGGUCACGCGCUGCGCCGCGGAGAGGAGAUGGGUGGCUUCAAGCUCGGGUCCAGCAUCGUGCUCGUCUUUGAGGCCCCCGCCCGCGAGCGCAAGUCGAGCCUCGAUCAAGGGGGAACCACGGGAGCCGAGCUCAAGGGCGGCUUCAGAUGGGCCAUCGAGCGAGACCAGAAAGUAAAAGUCGGCCAGGCUCUGGGCUACGUCGUGGAUGGCGAUUAAGAACCUGUGGUCUUCAUACAGUACUUUUCCGCGACUUCGGUGGCACGUAUGCGAAGUAGUGAUGUUGAAAAAGAACCUCUACUUUGGAAUGUAUAUUGUACACUAGUCAUUCCGUCAUUUAUGGUCUAUUCAUCAUGAGCAAAGUGACCCUCGAGCACUUUCUUCUCGAACACAUUGAACAAUCGCCGCAAGCGCCAAUGAAAAAAUAGUUGUCGUAUGCUUUGAAAAAAGAAACGCCAAAUGUCUGCCAAUACCGUCAACCUCUUGAAGUAGCGAUACCCGUAUCAAUCAUGUCAGUGUCCAGACCAAAACACCGACACAUCCAACCAAAACAGAGAAAACGACAAGAAGACCACCCUUCUCGAUAGCUUGGGCUUUUCGG